AUGUCAAUGGGAAGCGAUUCGACGUGGGUGGGGAAGAAACCGAUCAGGCGCAUUGGCGGAUUAUCCGACGCUCUCUCCAUCGCAUCCGAUCUCGGUUACGCCGUCGCUCCUCCUCCGUCGCAGGAAGAGUUACAAAGCUUGGCAUCUUCAAAUGGCGAAAGAGGUGACGACUUGAUAAAAGUCUUGAGAGAGUUAUCUGCUGUCCAAAGGAAAAUUGCAGAUUUGCAGGUCGAACUUCAAGGGAGGAAGGAUGACAAAAAUGUGGCGCAUUUGACUCAUGCGAGUGAAAUGCAGAAGAAAAUCGAUACUCUCUCAAGGAUGACUCAAAUAUUGAAAGAUGUUAUUCAAAACAAGGAUCGCAUCAUUGCUCGUCUCCAACAACCUUACUCACUAGAUUGCAUUCCAGUUGAAGCAGAAUAUCAGAAACAAUUUUCAGAGUUGCUAAUGAAAGCAGCCAGUGAUUAUGGCGCCUUAACAGCAUCAGUCUCUGAUUUUCAGUGGAGCCAAAACUUUAAAGAACCUCCUUCAGUCUGGGGGGAAAUGCUGCGUCCAAUACCGGUGGCACUAGCGUCAUGCACGAGAUUCUUUGAGGCAAUGUCUGCGAUGAGAGAAUCAUUCGCAACUCUUCGAGAUCUUCGAGUUGGUAACACUGCAGCUUCUUUACCAACAACACCAGGAGCGAACGAAAUGACUCAUGGAGACUCAGAUUGUGUGACUCCACCUCACGAGAGAAUAGAUUCAAGCUUCGAUGAAUUAGCUGUUGAGAACACAAGGAGACAAAAUGAUGAUCAAAUUAAUGCAGAAGAAGAAGACGAUGGUGAAAUUGACCGGAGACUAUCUUGGCCUCCUUCGGUUAAGAAGAGUAGCGUUUGA